AUGUCUUAUGUUGUGCCCAUCCACCGCGCAAGUGGUAUCCGCCACGCGGUGAAACUGAAUUUUAUCAGUCCAGAGGAGGACUCUCUGGUUGUAGCUAAAUCAAAUCGUCUCGAAUUCUACACUCUCACUCCAGAUGGCCUCACACUCGUAGCUACCCGCGAAGUCUACGCGCAGAUAACGAUGCUUGCCCGCCUUCCGACACCAGCCAACUCAGAAACGGACCACCUCUUUGUUGGAACAGACCAAUGCAAAUACUUCACCAUAGUGUGGGACCCCUCAAGAAAUAACGUCAAAACUGCCCGCGACUAUGUCGAUGUCGCAUCGCCCUCAUCCCGUGAAAUACAUGCGAAUCCACGCUGCCUCGUCGACCCAACGGGGCGAUUUAUGACACUAGAACUGUACGAGGGUGUGGUGGUUGUGAUUCCUAUCAUUGAGCCUUCAAAACAACGUCGAAACCGGGCUUCUCAGGCCGCAGGUCCAGAUGCGCAAGUCGGUGAAUUAGGCGAACCGACAACUACCCGCAUAGACGAGCUAUCCGUUCGAUCAUCUGCGUUCUUGCAUUCGUCCUCUAACCAGCCCUGGCUGGCUCUUCUGUAUGAAGAUAAUCAGCAGAAGGUUAGAUUACGAAUUCGAGAAUUAGAGUACAGUCGGGGGACAUCGAGCGGAUCUGCGGAUGCUGUAUUCAAAGAGCUGCAAGAUAGGAAGUUGGAGGGUGGCGUUUUUGGACAUGAGUUGGACUACGGCUCUUCCCACCUAAUUCCUAUUCCGGCUCCACUUGGAGGACUGAUUGUCCUGGGAGAAACGUCAAUCAAGUACAUUGAUGAUAAUGCGAAUGAUGUGAUAACUCGAGGCCUGGAUGAGGCUACUGUCUUCACGGCAUGGGAAAAGGUUGAUAGCCAGCGGUGGUUAUUGGCCGAUGACUAUGGCAGACUGUUCUUCUUGAUGCUCACACUUGAUAAGAAGGGCGAAGUUGAGGGCUGGAAGCUGGAUUUCCUCGGGAAGACGUCACGGGCAACUAUUCUAGUGUACCUCGGUGGAGGUGUUCUGUUUGUUGGAUCCCACCAGGGUGAUUCUCAAGUACUUCGGAUUGGCAGUGGAGGAUUUGAUGUCAUCCAGACGCUUUCAAAUAUUGCACCUAUUCUGGACUUUACAGUUAUGGAUUUGGGAAAUCGCGCCAGCGAAAGCCAGACUCAUGAAUUUUCCUCUGGCCAGGCUCGUAUCGUGACCGGCUCUGGCGCUUUCGAUGAUGGAACUCUACGAAGCGUGCGGAGUGGAGUUGGUAUGGAAGAACUCGGUGUCCUUGGUGAGAUGAAUUACAUCACAGAUCUAUGGGGAUUGCAAUAUCAGAGCAGUGGAAAUUUCCUGGACACCCUGUUAGUCACCUUCGUCGAUGAGACGCGAGUGUUUCGCUUUAGUCCCGAUGGAGAAGUGGAGGAGCUGGAAAGCUUUUUGGGUCUCAAUUUUGAUGAAAGCACUCUCCUAGCGGCCAACUUGUCAGGUGGUCGUAUUAUGCAGGUAACGGAGAACAGGGUCUUGGUGGCUGACCUGGAGAGUGGCAUGGUUACUUUUGAGUGGACACCUCAAGGUAACAAAAUCAUCACUGCCGCCUCAUCCAACGAUAAGCACCUUGUUCUUGUCAUCGGAGGUCAGAUUCUGGCCUCUUUUGAUAUCAGCAAUGACGCAACUCUUAUCCACAAGAAGGACUUUGGUGCAGACCAGCAGAUUUCGGGUGUCACAGUGCCAUCUAAACCAGCUGGAGUUUUCAUUGUGGGAUUCCCGCAGUCAGCCCGAGUGUCUAUCCUGGGCGUGAACAACUUUACCGAACUGCGUAGCCAAUCCUUGGGUGAAACAGGCACGGCAUUCCCACGAUCCGUUCUCGUAGCUCCAGUGCUUGAAGAUAGCCACCCUACUCUGUUCGUUUCCAUGGCAGAUGGCAGUGUGAUUACGUUCGACCUAGAUCCCCAGAACUACUCACUGACGGGGAUGUCCAAAUUGAUUCUUGGAUCUGAGCAACCGACAUUCAAGAAACUCCCGCGAGGAGAUGGAUUGUUCAACGUGUUUGCCACUUGCGAGAAUCCAAGUUUGAUCUACGGCUCUGAAGGUCGUAUUAUAUACUCAGCCGUUAACUCCGAAGGCGCAUCUCGUAUCUGCCAUCUGAACACAGAAGCAUUUCCCGACUCCAUUGCUCUGGCGACAGCAACAGAACUGAAGAUUGCAUUGGUUGACAAGGAGCGCACCACACAGAUCCAAACCCUGCCGAUGGGCUCCACUGUACGCCGCGUGGCCUACGCACCUUCAGAAAAGGCCUUUGGACUGGGCACGAUUGACCGAAAGCUUACAGGCGGCUCUGAAACUGUGCAGAGUCAGUUUGUUCUUGCUGAUGAGAUCAUGUUCCGACGACUGGAUGCUGUGGAGCUCCUGCCGGAUGAGCUUUUAGAGACCGUUGUUCGGACCAACUUCGCAACAGGGGAUGACAAACAAAGCAAAGCAGUCUUAAAAGACCGAUUCGUUGUAGGCACAGCAUUUCUGAAUGAGCCAGAUGAGGAUUCGAUCCGCGGGCGGAUCUUGAUUCUGGAAGUUGACCACGGACGCAAAUUGACCCAGGUUGCUGAGUUGAAGGUGAAGGGAGCGUGCCGUGCUUUAGCUGUAUUGGACGACAAGAUUGUUGCGACUCUCGUUAAGACGGUGGUUGUCUACAGAGUAGUCAACAAUAACUUUGGAAAAAUGAAGAUCGAAAAGCUUGCUAGCUACCGCACAUCAACGGCCCCUAUUGAUGUGGCAGUGAGUAGUAAUGGCUUGAUCGUUGUCGCCGAUCUCAUGAAGAGCGUAUGCCUUCUCCAGUUCAUCCCGGGCAAGGAUGGGGCAGCAAGCGAGCUGAAGGAAGUUGGUAGACACUACCAAACUAUCUGGAGCACUGCUGUGGCCUCAAUAGAUGAGGAUAGCGUCCUCGUUAGCGAGACGCAAGGCAACCUGCUUGUUCUGGAGCGUAACAUGAACGGUGUCACAGAUCAAGACAAACACCGGUUGACCAUUACUAGCGAGAUCUGUCUGGGAGAGAUGGUGAACAGGAUUCGUCCAAUUCAGAUUCCUCAGGCAGCUACUAUGGUGGUGACUCCUCGAGCUUUCCUGGCAACGGUUGAGGGAUCCAUUUAUCUCUUCGCAUUGAUCAACCCAGAACAUCAAAACUUCCUCAUGACACUGCAAUACAUCAUGUGCACUAAAGUCGACUCAUUGGGCAACCUCCCCUUUAGCAGUUUCCGUGCCUUCAAGACCAUAGCCCGCACAGUCGAUGGACCUUACCGCUCCGUGGACGGCGAGCUGGUCGAGAGAUUCCUCACAUGCGAACCAGCCUUGCAAGAGGAGAUUGUGAAAGGAUUAGGAGGAUCCAUGGAUGUGGAGGAUGUGAAAAUCAUUGUCGAGGGUUUGCGCCGGCUGCACUGA